AUGCAGCGCACUCAAGCGGGCGGCGCCCCACUGCCGCAGUCGGCCGGCCCCGCGCACCAGCACUACCGCUCGCACGCGCAUGCAUUCUAUGCAGACAUUGAUGAUCAGAUACCAGCAUCUGUGAUCAGCAGCGUUGGAACCGUCAGUUUAUCUCAGUCAACAACCAAUCCAACCCCAAACAUAACCAUGGCAAAUCCGACUAAUCCCGGCAACGCUAGCAGUACCAAUAAUGGCCAGGCGUCAGGCCAGCAAACAACGACAGCCCCCGUGCCAAGAAAUCUGCCAAAGAAACGCAAAUUUGACCCUUCCGAAUUUGAAGAUAUAGAACGAAAUUGUGUGUCUAACGUCACCGUCUCAGCACCCAGUUAUACGACAACAGUACUGCCAUCGCCGAUUGUCCAACGCUCGCCGCCUCCAGCUGAGAUAAAACCGUUUUCCAUCUAUCCAAAUAUCGACCUAUCAGAGUGGCGGGACCACAGGGUAUUAGCGAAACAACGAGGUUUAUACGUCCCGGGUGUGAUACGGCAGGCGGAAGGGUGUAAAGUGAUCGUAGAACUGGACGGCCAGGAGAACGAACCAGUGGAGUAUAGUGAUGUGUUCGGUGCUAACAAAUACGAUGUGAUCAGUGAUGCAAGUCCGCAGCUAAGUCAUCUUCAGAUCGGUUCUGCGUGUGUGGUUCGAACUGCGGAUCCGACGAGGGAGAGUCUGCAGAACAUAUUCAUUGAAGGACUCGUGUUCGAAGUGCACAAUUCGCCUAUUAGAAUAAGAGUCAGGGUAUCGGAUGGCGAGCUAUGUAAGGACACAGUGGAGGUGAAGCGAGCGGACAUAAGGCUGUUGCAACCGCCUUGGGCCGACGAACUGGAGGACGCGGACUCGCAUGCCGCCGCCACCAUGUACCCGCAAAUACUGCGUGCCCACCACCCGCCCACGCAGAUCGGCGGGGACCACUUCUACACGUCGUCGCCGAUGGCGGGCGCCGUGGCGGCGGGCGGGCUCGCUAACGGCACCAUGGACGAGCUGCGGAAACGAGCCUUCGACGACUACGGCGAGAGCGACGAUGAGCUGAGGAGGGAGGACAUCAUGUUCCCCACCGACGCGUCCCACAUGGAAUGUAAUAACAGCAAACGGAGCAGUCUUCAAAGUCGUGGCAGCACCUCAAGUCUGCUCGAACGUAGUCUAACCCCUCGAUCUCAACCCCCUACUCCUAGAUCUCAAGCGGCGACCCCGCACAAGUACAAGAAAGGUGACGUGGUGUCAACUCCAACGGGCAUCCGCAAAAAGUUCAACGGCAAGCAGUGGCGACGGCUGUGCUCGAAGGACGGCUGCACGAAGGAGAGCCAGCGGCGUGGCUUCUGUUCGCGGCAUCUCUCGCUGCGAGGAGUUGCGCGCUCCUCCAACACUCCGCUCGCGCAUGGCUCCGGCUCUACGCAUACGCCUCACCAAAGGAGCAGUAGUAAAUCCCUGUCUUCGAGUGGUACGUGCGUAGAGGGCGAUGAAACCUCACGGGAGUCUGAUACGACGCCGCCGCAUUAUCGAGUCGCUGGUCGAUUCGACCCCGACGAGACUGAAGCUGCCAACAUGCUUGUGUCACUGGGCAGCUCGCGGUCGGGCAGCCCGGGCGCGUCGCCGGUGGGCGGCGUGUCGUCGCCGGCGCUGCGCAGCAACGUGUUCGUGCCCAUCUCGUCGCCGCAGCCUCCGCAGCCGCCCCACCACCACCCGCACCCGCACCACCCGCACCACGCGCACCACCACUACCACAGCCUCAUCAGACCAGAACUGGUCCGGCCGGGUAGAGUUAGUUCACCAAUGGGUGGUGUAGCCACGAGUGUCAUUCGAGUGUCACCGGCGCCCACUUAUCACUAUCAGGUGGAAAGUCGAAACGGACCAACAACCUUACAAACGAACAAUCUAAGCACACAAUCAAGUGUAAUCGGAAUUCAAACAGGACUGAACAUUCAAAGUGUACAAACGAGCUUGAACGCACCAACUACCAUACAAUCGAGUUUAAACUUGCAGCCCAAUAUAUCGCUCAACCUGAACAGCCUGAACUCGCAGAACCUACAGACAAGUAUCGCGAAUUCAAUUCGGAACGCGAAGUUGGACGAAGCCCCUCACAAUCUAGUCGUACAUAGAAAUAUCCCCACUUCAAACGGCAUCGAUCAGGAGCACAAUAUGUACCGCACUCAGCCACUUCACAUCCGAAACGGAUUGUACGAAACGUAUAGACGGGAAGAUGUUCCGUCGCCACUGAACAACCAUGAAAAUUUUGUGAAUAAACGAGUCUCGGACUACGAGGAAGAGGAUCAUUCCGUUCCUCAGACCGAAUGCAAAAUAAGUCGCGGUGUGAUCGACCCGCGCCCUUUAGAACUCUCCGAGGCUCGAGUUUUUGAAGAUAAACGUAUCAUUAAACCUGCCCCGUUACAGGCGCGUCCUAUAUCAAUGAUCGAUGCAGAUUCAAAGGACUCCAUAAAGAGGCUCUACGUUAUUCCACAGAAUUCGCUAGAAAAAAAGCUUGUUUUGAUAAAGAAGGAGCCAACGGAAACUGUUCAACUGUUACAGAUGAGCAACAGUGACCAGGAGACAGAGUCCAGAGGAGGCCUUGACAACGGUGAUCAUUUAAACAAUGUAAGCAACAGCGCAGUGAUUGUACACCCGAGCCAACUGCUUCCAGUGCUGCCACCGCCAACAUCACACACAGCUAUCAUCGUGUCAACGAGCGGCGUAUCGGGCAGCGUGUUCCCGUGGCAGUCGCUGGUGCCCCUGCUGAAGGCAGCGUCCCCGCCCCCCGCGCAGGCGCCCGCCUCCCCGCGCACGCCCCGCACGCCGCGCACGCCGCACACCCCCCACACGCCGCACACACCGCACACGCCGCACACGCCGCACCUCAAGACCGAGGAACAGAUCAAGUCCGAGAGCAGUGAGACUGUAACAUCCAUGUGUGCCGACGAGGACGAUGAAGUUUUCGAGUGCGAGGACUCUGGCUCGGGUGGAGGUGAGGAUGCCUCAAAGCGACGUUCGCAAAGCCUUUCGUCUCUUAACCAGACAUCGUCUGGGCCUGAAAAGAAAGAACGUCGAAUCCGUCGUCCAAUGAAUGCAUUCAUGAUAUUUUCUAAACGACACCGGCAAAUGGUUCAUCAGAGACAUCCAAAUCAAGACAACCGAACCGUCAGCAAAAUACUUGGCGAGUGGUGGUAUUCAUUAAAGCCCGAGGAGAAACAAAAGUAUAAUGAGCUUGCUAGCGAGGUAAAAGAAGCGCACUUUAAAGCCCAUCCGGAGUGGAAAUGGUGCAACAAGGACAGAAGAAAGUCUUCGAGUAGUAGAGAUCCUUCCGGCUCAAUGCCGCAGAGUCCUCGCACGCCUUCGGACGCAGCGAGCAGUGGCGCCGCCGCCAGCGCCACCAGCGCCGCCAGCGCCGCGGACCUUCCGCUCAGCGUCGCCGCCUACAGCCACGUCGGCUCACCGCAACUCAGCGAUGACGACCAAAUGAUGGGGCAAGCUUUGUCGGAGGAGGUGUCCGUGCAGGGCGGGCCAGGGUCAGGCUCGGUGGAGCUGCGGUGCGGCGAGCGCGCGGCGGACUCGGACUCGGAGGGCGCGGGCCCGGACGCGCGCGACUACGUGCCGCAGCUCGACCACACGCGCCGUCCCAAGCCCAUCAAGGCCAGUAUCCUUAGGGCCGGUUCGUCGGAUAACCUGCUGGGUGGCAUCACGGCUUCCAGUCCCGGUGGCUCCAAAGUAUUCCAGCCCACAGGUGGGGCGUUCAAAUCUACGCACGUAGACACAAGCGACAACCACAGACAAUGGACAGCGUUUACGACCGUCAACAAAACGAGCCUACCCAACCAAGUGCCCAGCUCACCGCAUCCAGUGCAAACCAUGACCAGUACCCAGAACUUGACCAACAGUGUCCAGGGCAUAUCGCUCAACACUCCCAAUCUAUCGACACAGGCUGCGCUGGACAACGCGAUAGCGUCGAUAAUGAACUCGCCCACCUCCACUAGUGGUGUGCAGGUGAUAUCAAGCGGGAUAUCGAUUCCCAGUCAAUCGAUGAGCCAAACGCCAACGUCGACGGCUUUAAGCAACGCAUUGCUCAAAAGUGUUACACUGGUGAAGAGGAAUAUUGGAGAUACCGCUACUGCUGGACCGAUAACAUUAUCGGUCGACGCAUCAGGCAACCUCUUCACAUACGUGCAGUUGCAAAGAUUGUACGUGCCUUCCUUUGAAGCCGAAGUCGACCCCAACAAGAAUCAAAAUCAAAACGUGCAAAGUGGUCAGUCUGUGAUAGUGUCUCAAAGUAACCAUACGGUGUCUAAAACUAAUACGCAAUGGGAAACUCCUGUAGAAGAAACACGUCCAUUCCCACUGGCCCCUACCCCUGCGCAACUUGGUAGGGCUCCUCUCCAAAAGAGAUUAAGUCGAGGCACGUCGACAGGCUCAAAUGGUGGGGAGGCCACAGGCCGAGGGGAGAGCACGUUGGAGAGCACGGAGGCGACGCACGGUGCGCACGCGAGCCACGGCAGCCACGCGCCGCACGUCGCACACGAUGGCGACGCGCUGCCCUCGCCCAAGCACGCCGACAACCUGCCCAGCCCCUCGCUCAAGAAGAGCCUCUUCAAGAAAGGCAAUGAGGACGGACGCGACAAGGUGCUGGAGACGGUAAACUUUGAGCAGAAGUUCAGCACACUGCCACAGUUUAAACCCGAGGCGUGCAGUCCGAGUGCUAUGGUCGUCCCAAGGAGUCCACAUUUUCUAAGAAAGAAGCACAACAAACUGGAGGAAGAGGGCGCUGCUGUGACACCGCAACUAGAAGCCGAAGUGAUAAACGGCACCGGCAUGCCCACGCCGCACUCGUACAGCACACCGCACACAACCACCAAACUCGUCGGCAAUACCUUCUUCGGUCCAGAUUUCAACCUUGACAGUUUCCGAGCUGUGGCGGAGCACGCGGAGGAUAUGUCGCCGCACACGCCGUGCUCGGCGAGCGCGGGCGCGGGCGCGGGAGCGGGCGCGCGCGCGGAAGCGGGCCACCGCCGCGUGCUGGAGCAGCGCCGCCACCUCGUGCUUAAACUCUUCCAGGAGCACGGCAUGUUCCCCACCACGCAGGCCACCUCCAACUUCCAGACAACGCACAUGGACAUAUUUCCGACAAAAAUGUCCCUUCAGCUCAAGAUCCGCGAAGUGCGACAGAAGUUGAUGGCGCAGUCAAACCUCACACCACACUCCGAGGUCAACACGCCAACGAAUGUCAACUCGCCAAUAGUUUCCGCGGCUUUACAGCCCACUUCGACGGCCAGUUAG